GAUUGUUGUAGUCAAUUACAAUAUCCUUUGGUUUCACCUGCUAAAAAGCUGCACACUCUUCUUCACAUUCACAGUACUAAAAACUUUCUCUUAAGUAAUAAAUCCCCCUCUUAAAUUGCAGUCUCAAAAAAACAAGAAAACAAUUUCAUUUCUCCUUUUUUCUUCUAAAGAAAAAACCCUAAAAACUUUAAGAAACAAAGAUGUGUGGAGGAGCUAUAAUUUCUGAUUUCAUACCACCAAGUAGAGUCAGAAAACUCACAGCUGAUUUCUUAUGGGGGCCUAAUUCAAAGACAAAGAAAAAUGCUGGUGGAAGAAGAAAUUUCUAUACUAAACCUUUUUCUUUGAUUGAAGAUGAUGCUGAUUUUGAAGCUGAUUUUCAAGAGUUUAAAGAUGAGGAUGAUGAAUCUGAUCAAGAGUAUGAUCGACACAAACAGCAACAACAAGUUGUCAAAGCUUUUGCAUUUACUGCUUCCAAAUCUGAUGUUGCUGCUCCUAAAGGAUCCAAUGCUGCUGCGAAAGCUGUGGAAUUCAAUGGACCUGCUGAUAAAACUGCAAAGAGAAAGAGGAAGAAUCAAUAUCGUGGAAUCAGACAGCGUCCAUGGGGAAAAUGGGCAGCUGAAAUCAGAGAUCCAAGGAAAGGUGUUCGAGUCUGGCUUGGUACCUUCAAUACUGCUGAAGAAGCUGCAAGAGCCUAUGAUGCUGAGGCACGUCGUAUCCGCGGAAAGAAAGCAAAGGUGAACUUUCCUGAUGAGGUUGUACCUGUCGCUGCUACUCAAAAGCCUGUUGUGAAGGCCAACACUCAGAAACGAGGACUUAAAGCCAACACUAACUUGGUGAAGCCGCAUCUUAAUGGUGAUCUUGGUUUCAUGAACAACUUCAGUAAUGACUUUUAUAUGGGGUUCAUGGAAGAGAAGGUGCCAACCAAGGGUACUGGUUAUAUGGGUUACGUUCCAGCCGUUGCAAACCCGAUCAAAUUCAGCCCUGCUGAUAGUGGACUUCAUUGUUUUACAUCAGACCAAGGAAGCAACUCAUUCAACUGUUCUGAUUUUGGGUGGGGAGAAUGUGAACAAAGGACUCCUGAAAUCUCCUCAGUUCUCAUGCCUACUUUUGAAGUCGAUGAGUCUGACUUCUCAGAGGAUGCUAACCCAAUUAAGAAAUUGAAAACCAACUCUGGUAAUGUGGUUUCUGCUGAGGACAGCACUGCUAAGAAUCUGUCUGAAGAACUUUCGGCUUUUGAGAAUCAGAUGAAAUUCAUGCAGAUUCCUUAUCUUGAGGGAAGCUGGGAUACAUCGAUGGAUAGCCUGUUCAAUGGGGACUCUACUCAGGAUUGUGGCAGCUCAAUGGAUCUUUGGACCUUCGACGUGUCACAGAUGGCUGGAAGCACCUUUUGAGGUCUCUAUGCUAACUGGUUUUCUGUAAAUAUAAGAGUAAACGAACUGGUGUUGGCUAUGAUUGAUGCGCAUGGAGCUCAUGAAUGGGGUGUUGCUGUCUGGCAGCUUUUAAGUUUUAUGCAAAAAGUAUAUAGGGGUUAGUUAUAUUUUGAGUUCAGCUUAUUAUGCAUUUUGGGUAUCUCUUGGAUUUUGUGUUCUGAAUUAUGUGUUCCGUGGAUGAUAAUAUGUGAUGUUAUACCGAAAAUCCUAGAUACAAUACUAUGUUUUUUGCAGUAAUACCUAAUGCUUUUUGCUACUGUCGAUAUCAAAACAAAUGUCUCCAUGUACUUUUCGUGGCUCAUAUUUGCUUAGAUCCUGUUGCUGAAAACCUUAUUGUAAAUCUUUUUUUGAGAACCUUACUUGUCUUACUCUAUAUAUGUAUUUGUAUUAUUUUCUGGGUC